AGUCGAUUGUUUUUUAUUGAGUGUGUUAGAAUAACAAAAAUAAAAUAAGUGGACAGUUCUAUGUUGAUGAAUCAUUGAAUUUUGUCCACUUAUAUCAUUCGAUUAUUUUAUUGUGCGUAGGUGUUUUUCUCCACUCGCUCAGGCAAUGAGUUUUCAUACCAAACUGUAAAACCAUGACAUUAGAAGACGAACAACGAUUAUCAUCUUCAUCACAAUCAUCAACACCAUCGAAUACAGUCGACGUAGAAAACGUAAGAAAUACACAAAGUAAUCCCGAAGAAUCGAAUCAGUCAAAUUCCGAGCAAUCAACAUUGACAACACAAAACCAAACGGAAUUAACAACUACUGAAGAAAUCAGACCAAAUAAUCAAACAGAAUCGCAAUCCGAUCAACAAGACGAUUCGAACAUUGAUCAAUUGCAACAUUAUAUCAGUCAAAUCCAUUUUGAUUCGACCACUGGUCGUCAUCAGAUUCCACCUGAAUUAUUGGCUGAAGAUCAAGAUCUUUUGGAAUCAGAAUUUCAAACGCUUGAUAAUGAUAUUGACGUUAUUGAGAUGUAUAAGAUAAUUUUUCAUCAUCAGACAUCGCAACUACCAAAACCAAUUAGAGUUUUUACUGAUACAAAUAGAGAUCGGUUAAUUGAUCGAUUGCGAAACGAUACUCGUUUGAAACCUUUCCUAAACAAACCUAAAAUGCAAAUGUUCAUCAAGGAAAUACUCUCUGAUGAGCAUAAAUUCUUAAAUCAACAAUUAUCUAGAUUACAUAAUGAUCGCAAUCGGGCAUCAACAUUAUUUGAAGAUCAACGACUUGAGCAACAAAUAUCUCCAUUAGAACAACAUCUGAUCGAUGGUCAAGGAUCAGAUGAACAAAAUUUUCUCCGAUUAUUAAUCGAGAUUAUUCAAUGACCGUAUUAAUUUAAAAUAUACUACAUUCCCUAAAAAUUAGUCAAUUUGGUUGUAUUUUUAUUAAUAAC